AAAAAGCGAGAGAGACACACACGAUCGAGAGCUAAUUCCCAAACCUGCGAACUCCCGUCGCUGCUCCGUUCCGCGUCGAUCUGUCGGCGACGUCUUGGAUCCGCCUCGACUCUGCCUGUCGAGAUCGCCAUAAUGAAUCCGGAGAUGCUGCGGGUGGCGGAGGAGCAGAUGCGGCGCAUCCCCGCCGACGACCUCGCCAGGAUGCAGCGGCAGCUCAUGUCCAACCCGGACCUGCUGAAGCUCGCAACCGAGAGCAUGAAGAACAUGACGGCCGACGACUUCAAGAGGGCCGCCGAACAGCUGAACCGCGCGAGGCCAGAGGAGAUGCUCGACAUGACCGAGAAAAUCGCCAAGGCCAAGCCCGAGGAGCUCGCCGCCAUGAAGUCCCAAGCCGACGCUCACACCUCGUACGCGAUAUCCGCCGCCAAGAUGCUGAAGCGGCAGGGGAACCAGCUCCAUGGCCGCGGGGGGUACGCCGAGGCCGCCGCCAAGUACAGACUCGCCAGGGAUAACGUGAAGAACAGCGUGCCGUCGGCAGCCGGGCGCGCUCUGCAGCUGCAGUGCAGCGUUAAUCUGAUGGCCUGCUACCUGAAGCUCAGCGAGUUUGAGGAGUGCGUCCAUGAAGGCUCGGAGGUUUUGAGCUAUGAGUAUCACUCGGGCACUGCCAAAGCGUACUACCGAAGGGGUCAGGCGUACAAGGAGCUGGGAAACCUCCAGGCUGCUGUUGCUGACCUGAGUAAAGCCCAUGAGAUGUCUCCGGACGACGAAACUGUCGCUCAAGCUCUGACAGAGGCUCAAGAAAAACUUGAAACCGGAGGGGGAGCAGCAGACCAGCCAAAGAGAGUUGUCAUUGAGGAAGUUGUAGAAGAAGAUGUUAGUUCUGAUCUGCCAAGCGCUCAAGGGAGUUCUUCUUCUACUGCUGUUUCACAGCCACAUGAUGGAGCACGAAACUCGACACAAUCUGACUCUUUAGGAAGCUUGGUAAAUACUACGUCUCAGGUUGCUUCUUCAUCAAGCGGAGCAAUCCCUGUUGCUCCAGAUUUGGGAUCCAAUGUGCCAGGAAUUUCACCUGGCAUGGUCAGUAUGGCAGACCCUGCUAUGUGGGAGAUGUUUACAUCCAUGGUGGAGAACAUGAGCCCUGAUGCGAUGUCAAACAUGAGUGAGCUGUUCGGUAUCAAGUUGUCCAGGGAGGAUGCUGCCAACGCUCAACAAGCUAUGUCUUCAUUCUCUCCACAAGAUUUACAAAAAAUUAUGAAAUGGAUCGGCAGAGCACAGCGAGGAGUCGAAGCAGCAAAGAAGACGAAGGACUGGCUACUAGGCAGGAAAGGCUUCAUCUUUGCCAUUGUCAUGCUGAUCUUGGCGUUCAUCCUCCAUCGGCUUGGAUUCAUCGGGUAGGUGAGGUGAUGGCCUACACAUCCGAGAAUCAGCAACAACAAAAAAUACUGUGCUCUUUUUCCUGGGGCCAGAAGCGAUAGUGGGCGGAUGACAACAAUGUGGAAGCAAUAGUUGAACUGGG